AUGCCUGAGGGCACGGAAGGCAAGCUGGGAGACUUCCCCUGCUAUGACCCAGAGAAGGACCUGGUGAUCCCCCCCAUGGCCAGCCCCCUCAAGUACAGCAGGUCGCCGCUGGUGGGGGCGCCGCCCCCUGACCGCUCCCGCUUCUUCGCAUUCUUCAAGGGCCGCACGCAGCAGAACAACCCCAAGUACAGCCGCGGCAUCCGCCAGACGCUCGAAAACCUGUGCCGCAACGGCUCCUGGCCCGAGAAGCACAACAUCCACAUAGGGGAGGGGCUCCCCGGCGGGGCGGCUGCCGCCCUCCAGGCUCAAUAG